CAUCCUCUUCAGUUUGACAAAUCACUGGUGCAGUUUUCCUGGACUUGAAAAAGGCUUUUGAAACGGUGAACCACAAUUUACUGAUCUCAAGGCUUUUAUCAUUUAAUUUCUCAGAACGGUCAUUGUCUUGGUUUCAAUCAUUUCUGAAAGAUCGUGAACAAUGUUUUGUCAUUAAUAAUAGUAAAUCUGUCUUCUGUAAAAUAGUAACAGGGAUUCCACAAGGAACUAUCUCCGGUCCGGUCCUUUUUAGUCUGUAUGUUAACAGUCUUCCUGAAAUUUGUCCUGAAGUUAACCUGCAAAUGUUUGCUGAUGACACCAUUGUUUAUACAUCAGACAAGAACAUUAUAUUGUAGUCAGUGAAAAACUUCAGAACAGCCUGCAGAGAUCAUCAUCAUGGCUGAAGGAUUCUUGCUUAACUCUCAAUACAAAGAAAACAAAGUGCUUUUGCUUUUCAAUCAAGAAAACGUCAUUACAGUCCUUGAAUAUCCAGAUCAAUGGGGAUCUUAUUGAACAAGUAAAACAAGAAAAAUAUUUAAGAAUAAUUUUGGAUGUUCAAAUAAAUUUUAGGAGCCAUGUUGAUCAAAUCAGCAAAACUGUUAGAUCAAAUAUAAGCUGUUUUAAAAAUGAUUAGAAAUUGUCUAACACGUCACUGCAGAGAUGUUUUUGAACUCAAUGAUUCUCUCAUUGAGUUCUAUGGAGCUGCUGUCUGGUCUCAGACUAGUCAAACAUUAGCAAGUCUCUAUAAUCGGCUUUAAAGAUUUUAUAUCAAAAGCCAAUCAGAUUCCAUCACUGUCACAUUUGGGCUAAAUUUGUCAUUCUGACCUUUCCCAAUUUUAUUAGUCAUAACCUUUUAAAAUAGAUUUUUAGGUGUUUGAACAGAUUUGCACCUCCACCAUGAAGCCAUUGCAUUCAGAGCCUGCAGGCAGCAGCAGAUCUAGAGCAGCUUCACAUGGAAAUCGUAAGCUCUGGUUAUGUCAGAAACAGAACGGUAUCCAUUUUUAAUGUUUUAUGUUUCACUGUUUGUAGAUGUUGUCAACAUUAUGUUGUAUGAUUUUAAAUGAUUAUCACUUCAAUUUUUUAGAGGUACUGUUUAAAAGCCCAUCUUGGGACAAGUGCUGCGAAUUAACUGCUGCUGUUGCACUGUGACGCAAACAUGGGACUGUUUCUGCUCAGUCUGUCCCCAUCAAAUAAACUUAAUAUUAAUAAUAACUGUCUUUUUAUCUAAUAAUUACUCAUUGUCAUGUCUGAUCCAAUAAAGAAAUCACUUUAGUUUAAUGAUAAUAAUACAUUUUAUUUGUAGGCGCCUUUCUUGACUCUCAAGGUCACCUUGCAUAAUUUAACAUAAAACCAAACACAAAAUAGAAAUGUACAGUAAAAAUUAAGUACAAAACAAGACUUAAAAAGACAAUGCAAUCAAAGAGCGUAAGCUACUUGAACAGCUGCUGUUGAUUGGCUGAAUGCUGCAGAGCAUUUAGCUGCUGUUGAUUGGCUGAAUGCUCUGCAGAGCAUUUAGCUGCUGUUGAUUGGCUGAAUGCUCUGCAGAGCAUUUAGCUGCUGUUGAUUGGCUGAAUGCUCCCGUAGUGACAAGACGAGCAGGGGGAGCAGCGAGAUGAACAGAAGAAGAAGGUCUGAGGAUAUGGGGGGGUGUAGCAACAUGAAGGAGGUCAAAAAAUAUGGUGGGGUCGAGGUUAUGAACCGCUUUGAAAGUUAGGAGUAUUGUAUAGUUGAUGCGAUAUGAGCUGGGAAGCUGAUGGAGCUGUGGUAGAACAGGUGUGAUGUGAUGGAUUGAUGAUACAAGCAGCUGAAUUUUGAACUAAUUGUAAUUUAUGGAGUUUUCUGUAGCAGAACAAAGAAGAUUACAGUAAUCUAAAUGAGAAAUGACCAGACUGUGGACCAGAACAGCAGAUUAGUGAGGGAAGGACGGAGACGAUGAAUAUAUCGCAGAUGAAAGUAGGCUGACCGAGUGAUGCUGUUGACAUGGGAGGAGAAGGAGAGACUGCUGUCGAGGAUGACACCCAGACUUUUAACCUGACGGGAGGGAAAAUUGGAGGAGUUAUCAACUAAAAUGGAGAAGUUAUUAAGUUUCCUUAGUAUUGAUUUAGUACCAAUUAAGAAACGUUCAGUUUUAUUGCAAUUUAAUUUAAGAAAGUUAAGAGUGAACCAGCAUUUUAUUUCAAGAAGACAAUCAGUGAGGGAUGAAAGUGGAAGAACUAGGUUUGGUUGAGACAUAGAGCUGGGUGUCAUCCACAUAGCAGUGAAACUGAAUCCUAUGUUUGAGAAAAAUUUAACCAAGGGGGAGAGAGUAAAUGAUAAACAGCAAGGGUCCCAGGACAGAGCCCUGGGGAACACCCGAGAUAACGGGAACAGGAUGAGAGGUGAAUGGUUUUAACUGAACAACCUGAGUGCAGCCUGAGAGGAACAACUGAAACCAGUUCAGAGAUGUAUUUACAAUACCAAGAGAGGAUAGUCUGUCAAGGAGGAUGUUAUGAGAGAUUGUGUCAAAGGCCGCAGUCAAACCAAGCAAAAGGAGUUUGGAUAAUAAACCAGAGUCACCAGCAAGGAGGAGGUCAUUGGUAACUUUAAGAAGUGCUGAUUCGGUACUGUGGACGGAAACCAGAUUGGAAUUGUUCAUAUAAAUUAUUGCUGGAUAGAUGAGAAUGAAGUCGAACAGCAACUGCUCUUUCAAGAAUUUUAGACAUGAAUGGAAGAUUUGAGAUGGGAUGAAAAUUAUUGAGAUCAUUGGGAUCUAGACCAGGUUUCUGAAGUAUUUGGGUUCUAGCAGCUGGUCAGAGGAUCAACACCAGAGAAAGGGAAGAAUAUAUGAUGUCAGUGAUGACGGAGAGGAGAUGGAGCUUUAACAAGAACUGGUGGAGGAGGAUCUAAAUGAUGAGUUGAAGAUUUUGAUUUUUGAAUUAAUUUGGUGACGUCAUCGACUGAGGACCAUAAAUGAAUUAGUAGGGACAUCUGGAACAGAUGAUAUUUGAGUAAGAGUUGGUGGAUAUGUGCUAUCUUAGAAGAGAAAAAUGAUACCAAAGUGUUACAAAAAUCAGAGGAAUACAGGUGGGAGAGAAUCUAGUGGUUUGGUAAUGUUUGCAAGUACAGAAAAUAAGGCUUUGGAGUUACCCUUAUUAGAACUGGGAAUAAGAAAAGUGGAAUAAAAUAUUGAUUUAGCUGUAGAAAUUGAAUCUUUGUAGUGAAGAAUAUGAUUGGAAUCCAUGUCUUUGUGCACAGUGAGUCGACGUCCUUUUACUAAGAGUGGAAGUAAACCAAGGUGCAGUAUGAGUGAAUGAGACAGAUCUGGUUUAAAGUGGAGCAAGAUUAUUUAGGAGGCCAUGGAGGCUUUUGUUGUGUGCAGCAAUUAUUAAAUAUUUAAUUAGUAAUUAGUAAUUAAUCCACUUUGCAGUCAGUGGGUAAUAUCUCCUGUGCAACAAAUUAAACAAGGGGGCAAUUUUAGUGGGAGUUGGCCCAGAGAGAUGGCAUACAGUUGCUUCAAAUGAAUGACAGACAGGAACAGUUACAGGCCCUGCCCUCUACUUCUCGCGGUAGAUUAUUGCUAAACCUCCCCUUCUGCCAGAAAAACAAGGUUGAGUGAUGUAAACAAACCCUGGAGGAGUAGCGUCGUUGAGUGGUGCAAAGUCGUUCGGAUGUUGCCACGUUUCAGUUAAGCACAGAAAAUCUUUCGGUCAGAGAUUAUAUCCUGCACAAGAUACCCUUUACUCAUGAACAAGUGGAUGUUGAAGAGACCGAAGUUGAUGUUUUUAUUGUGAUUGACAACCGCAAUAGCUGACCGAGCCAGUUGGGCAAACACACUGUAUUCAACGCAGUGACCGGUGUUCCUAGGUGGACGACAAACAGCAGACCAGGUAGAUUUAAUGGAGUUAUGUACGUCACAGCAGAAAAUCCAGCAAGAGCCUUGAUGGGUGUAUUUCUGCCAGGGCAGGUGGAAAAUCUCCUGGUGUUAGGAGCCGAGCUGAUGGUGGUGAUCCAUGCAGAUGUAAGCGGAUCUUUAAAAGCUCCGUGGCAGAGUACUGGAGGAGUGCUGUCGUUAUUCAGGGUUUUAAGAAAAGUAUGUCUGUAAAAGAAAACAAGAAUCUUAUUGUCAGAGAUUUCUGCAUUCCUCUUGACUUUUGCUCUACAUUUGUAACUCACCUGACUGCCUGAACCAAAUCCCACUUCCUUUAAUUUCCGGUUUGAAUGCUGCUGCUUCACUGUGGCUGCACCUGUUGACUAAAACAACCUGACAGAAACACACUUUCAUUGACCUCUGCAUUAAAUUCAAUACCCAAUGGCUAUUAUGAUCAUGAAUAAAUACUAGUUGCACUAUAGCAUAUUUCUCAGUCAGAUCAUGACUCCAUGCUGGUCAUAGUUCUGAUCAGUGCAAAGUACCAGCUAGUUACUAAAACAGAUGGUAGUGCGAACCCAAAGCGGCGUUAUGUGGCGAGCGAGCCAGGAGUCGUGGUUUGUGAAUGAAAAACAGGACCGUUAAAAAAUAAAAAAUUGGUGUAAUAAUGGAUGUUUUCACUCAGUCAGGGAUAAACGUGCUAAUCACUGGUGCUGAUAAAUUGAUUGGUUAAAGAGUUAAGGGACAAUGAAACACUUUUUAUGUUAAUGAUCCAAAUAGUUCUUUCUACAAAUCCUGGCUGUCAAGUUUGAAUAAAUAAGUGAAUGAUUCAUUCACAUUUCAGUACAGCCCAUCCAAAGAACAAAAAACAAAGAAACAUUUAAGACAUUGGUAGACAGGUGCAGCCCUGGGGGUGACACCUUUUCAUUAGAUGAGAAUAACCACAUUAAGGAAAAAUCAUAUCUCACAUUGUUUUCUAUUUGACACAUAGUAGGGUUGCACAAAACCAUGACAGCAAUAAAUAGACAACAUAAGGAGAGGAGGCAGUGAUGGCGGUGAGGUGUGUUUAUAACCAUACAGUGUGUGGAUUUGUAAAUAAGUCUGAACACUGCCCCCCCCCCCCCCCCCCCCCUACCAUAGUCUUUGAUAAUUGAUGGAUCAUCAGGGGCCUCAGUAGAUCCCUGAUUCAAGUCCACAGAUGUCAAGUAUUGACGGCUUUCUCAAUGGUGAAAUCCAAACAGCCAAAUAAGUGGUCAGUCCAACCGAACCAGCAAGUCAAGGUCGAUUCCAUCUCACUAGCAAGUUCCAGGGGCCGCAGCUGUCCUGAAACUCUCAGCAAGAAUUCAGCAUCCGAGUCUGCAGCACAUUCCUUCAGACGGCGGCCUCUCAAUGCCCAGAACAGCUGCCUGUGUUUUCUGGAUUUCACGAUAUGCCAGGUAAACGCCAACUCCAAAAAGCAGAAAUCCUGUUAUUAAAAGUUCCAGUUGUGUUCACAUCUUCAACAUCCUCGACCAACAGUAAGGACAGACGCACUACCUUCCACUUGCCCAGGAAUCCAAAGUGUAUUGAACUGCAAACGUCCUGCCAGGGCAUCCAGUGAUUGGUAGGAGCGGAGCAGGGUGGAGCUGUAUGCGCUUCAUGCUUACUCAAUAAUAGAUUAACACAACUUUAUUGCUCAUUCUGUUUUGGCUUUCUCUGUGUAUGUAUUUUAGGCUUAUUAAAUGCAGAUGAAGCAAAUAACUUUGACCUGGCCUGAGUUUCGGGAUGUGGCUCAGGCUAUAGAUCUAAACUCUAGCUAAAGUCACAUCCUUUAAUGAGUAAUUUGAUAAAGCAUUUAAAAACUGAACAAUGUAUGUUAUGCACUAUUUAUGAUUUAAGACAUUCAGAGGGACUGUAGGCUUAAAAAGAAGAAUGGCUGACCUGUUCUAAAUAAGAUGGAUUUGUUUUCAAAACUUAUUGUGAGAUCUAUGUAAGAGUAUCUAGUUUAUUUACUUUGGAUCAACAUUAUUAGCUUUUUCUUCUUUUGCUCUUUUGGUUUGUAUUUCCUUUUAAAUCCUGUAAAAGACUUUGUAUUGCCUUGUUGCUGAAAAUGUGCUAUAGAAAUAAAAUUACCUUUACCACCUUCUUAACUACUGUAUUUCAGAACUCAUAUUGGCAAACCAAAGUACUCGUUCUGGUAAAAAAUGGAAUUGAGAAAACCCGAGUAUCAGUAGUUGCCUUUAGGUUGUGUCGUGUCUAAAGACUGUAGAGAAACCUCGGUCUGCCUUAGUGUUUGCACAAAAAACUCAGUUAAACGGUGAGCUCCACCUGUCGGUUGCAUAUGCAACAUGUUGAUGAUCUGCAGCUGUAAAGCUUCUGGUGUAGCAACUGGUCAAUGGAAGAUGAACACAGAAAAUAAGCUAAAAUUAAUAUUACAUUUUUUGUUCUUUUUUUCAGAUUUCCCACACCAUUAUUUUUAUUAUUAAGCUAGAUGUUGCUCAGUGUUUUGUCUUCUACAAACAAGAGAUCUCUGUUCUGGAAAAGAUUGAAACAGAAUCUUUAAAAACCAAAGGGAGAGCCAAUGAACCAGAACUCGGACACGUAGAGUAUGGAUCUGAACCUUUGCUGAAUGAAGACCAGAUUGUACUAAAGAGAUGGAUAUUAUAAUGGGGACAGAUUCUGGACCUCUUGAACUAAAAGAAGAACCAGAGGAACUAGAACCGCAACAAGUUAAAGAAGAUUAUGAUCAAUCAGGAUUUCAGCACAUGGUAAAAAUUGAGAUUGAAGACAUCAAUCAGGAGGAAAACCAGGAUGUACUGAAGCAGGAGACGGAUACCUUAAUGGGAGGAGAUUCUGCACCUGUUGAACUCAAAGAGGAACCAGGAGAACUGAAACCUAAACAAGUGAAGGAAGAGGAGCAUGGAUCAGGACCUCAGCAGAUGGCAGAGAAAGAGGCUGAAAGCAUUAGUCAGGAUGAAUACCAGGACAUACUAAAGCAGGAGACUGAUAAUUUAGUCCUAGAGGCUUUUGAUAAUGAUACAGACCAACAACAACCACCAGACGUAAUUGCAAACCAAAUCCUCUUACAGAACUUCUCUAAAGUAGAGCUUCAGGAAAUAAAGACUCAUGAAGCUUCAGGAUCCAGUAAAGAUGAUUGGCAACAGAAAAUGGCUCAGAAAACCAAAGGACAAAGUGAUGAUGCAGAGAAAGGGAUGAAGGGCAGGAAAAUUCAGAAUGGUAAACAAUGUAAAGUUUGUGGAAAAUUUUUUAAAUGUAAUAGUGAUUUAACAGUUCACAUGAGAACUCACACAGGCGAGAAGCCCUUCUUAUGUAAAACCUGUGGGAAAUGUUUCAAUCACAAACAUAAUUUGAAUACCCACAUGAGAACUCACACUAGUGAAAAGCCUUUCUCAUGUAAAACCUGUGGAAAAGGUUUUAAUCAAAAAAUUAGUUGGAAAUGCCACAUGAGAACUCACACAGGUGAGAAGCCUUUCUCAUGUCUAACCUGUGGGAAAUGUUUCAAUCACAAACAUAAUUUGAAUAGCCACAUGAGUAGUCACACAGGUGAGAAGCCUUUCUCAUGUCUAACCUGUGGAAAAUGUUUCAUUCAGAAGUUUAGUUUGACUAUUCACAUGAGAACUCACACGGGUGAGAAGCCAUUCUCAUGUAUAACCUGUGGAAAAUGUUUCCGUCACAAACAUGAUUUGAAUCGCCACAUGACGACUCACACAGGUGAGAAGAAGCCUUUCUCUUGUUCAAUCUGUGGAAAAGGUUUGGUUCAGAAACGUAAUUUGAGUGUUCACAUGAGAACGCACACAGGUGAGAAACCUUUCUCAUGUAUAACCUGUGGAAAAAGUUUCAUCCAAAAACGUAGUUUAAAUAGUCACAUGAUAAGUCACAGGAGUGAGAAGCUCUUCUCAUGUAUAAUUUGUGGAAAGGGUUUCAAUAAAAAAUCAAAUUUUACCUGCCACAUGAGAAUUCAUACAGGUGAGAAGCCUUUCUUAUGUCUAACCUGUGGUAAAGGUUUUAAUCAAAAACGAUUUUUGAGUACCCACAUAACAACUCACACAGGUGAGAAGCCUUUCUCAUGUCUAAUGUGUGGAAAAGGUUUUAUGCAAAAACAUAGUUUGAAUAGCCACAUGAGAAAUCACACAGGUGAAAAGCCUUUCUCAUGUUUAACUUGUGGAAAAAGUUUCAUUCAAAAACGUAGUUUGACAAGCCACGUGAGAUAUCACACAGGUGAGAAGUCUUUCUCAUGUGGAACUUGUGGAAAAAGUUUUAAUAAAAAAUCUACUUUUACUAGCCACAUGAUAACUCACACAGGUGAGAAGCCUUUCUCAUGUUUUACUUGUGGAAAAAGUUUCAUUCAAAAACGUAGCUUGACUAGACACACAAGAACUCACACAAGGGAAAAGCCUUUCUCAUGUAUAAUCUGUGGAAAGGGUUUCUAUAAAAAAUAUAGUUUCACUUACCACAUGAGGAUUCAUACAGGUGAGAAGCCCUUCUCAUGUAAGACCUGUGGAAAAGGUUUUAAUCAAAAAAGAUUUCUGAAUACCCACAUGCUAGCUCACACAGGUGAGAAGCCCUUCUCAUGUCUAACCUGUGGAAAAAGUUUCAUUCAAAAACGUAGUUUGACUAGCCACAUGAGAACUCACACGGGGGAAAAACCUUUCUCGUGUAUGACCUGUGGGAAAAAUUUCCUUCAAAAACGUAGUAUGACUAACCACAUGAGAAUUCACACAGGUGAGAAGCCGUUUUCAUGUAUAACCUGUGGGAAAGGUUUCCUUCAAAAAUGUAGUUUGACGUGCCACAUGAGAUCUCACACAGGUGAGAAGCCUUUCAUAUGCGGCACUUGUGGAAAAGGUUACAGUCGUAAACAUAGUUUGAUUAAGCAUCUUACAACUCACAAAAUAGAAUCCUUUCCCAUUUCAUACGUGUAAUAAAGGUCUCUGUAUUUUACCUACUGAAACUUGUAAAAAUGUAAUUAGAAACUGUUUAAAAUUACCCAUACAAGUCGGAAGGCUUUAUUGUUAUUAAUGUUGCUGCUGAAUUCAAAGACAUUUAAAUUCUCCUACAUUUGUGCAAAUUUUUGAAUAAUUAAACCUACUUUUGCAGAUAAAUAUUAUAACUUUUGAGGUCUGUGCUCAGAUUUUCAGACUUUCUGGUGCUCUCACAUUGUUUAGACCUGGCAUGUACUCAACAGUGGGAUGUUUAUCUACAAGGCAGAUCGAAGUUGAAACUCUUACUGUCAAAUGAUUUUUUUUGUAUUUGACAUUUUGUGAAAGGUCUUUAAAUAAAUAUACAUAUUGAACCUUGUUGUCUUCUACUCUUUCUUCUCAAGCGGGUUGUUUUCUUACAAAUAUGUUAAUGGGAAUAUCAAAGUUUGUUGCUUUUGGUAUUCUUUUUAGUAGUCUGUUGUUCCUGUAGUAGUUUGUCAGUUUCUUUCAGAAGGGAUGUUAAGGAAAAAUAACUCCAUAAAGAUUAAUGUCUAGUUAUGUGAUGGUUUGUAAUAAAUUGCCAUAACAGUU